AUGCCGCACGAUGACGACAGCCGGUGUCAACGAUAUCGGGGCGAUUCGUCCGGAAACAAUCGAAUCAUGUCACGCACGAUCGACCAUAACACACAUCCCUGGCAGUGGUCCAACUGUUCACGACAGAUUCUGAGCGAAUACUUUGAAAAAAAUCCAGACAACUGCUUGCUGAACCACCCGUCGACGGAUCUGAUGUCGCCGGACACAACGCUGGCUGGUGAAAAGUUUACCAACAACAAGCAGUGUGAGCUGGUGUUCGGUAAUGGUUCGAAAAUCUGUUCAUAUAUGCCGACCUGCGCACGGCUUUGGUGCAGCUGGGAGAAUGAACUGUCCGGUUGCAAAACGCAACACAUGCCGUGGGCCGAUGGAACCGAAUGCCAGGAGGGACACUGGUGCCAGAAAGGUCAGUGCGUCCCGAUCGAUCGGACAGCGCUGAAACCACAGAACGGUGGAUGGAGCGGAUGGAGUUCCUACGACGUCUGCUCGCGUACGUGCGGUGGAGGUGUUCAGAAGCGCACCCGUGAAUGCGACUCCCCGAAGCCAAAAAAUGGUGGCAAGUUCUGCAUUGGUUUGCGUAUCGAGUACCGUGCCUGCAAUACACACGCCUGCCCGAACUCGCGGUACAACUUCCGCGAGGAACAGUGCCACGAGAUGGAUGGGCAGAACUUUGAUGUGCCAACGCUGGAACCGAAUGUACGGUGGAUCCCCAAGUAUGGCACACCGCUGGCAGACCAAUGUAAGCUGUUCUGCCGUGCGGAGAACAAGAGCUUGUACUUUAUGCUGCGGGAAAAGGUAAUUGACGGUACGCCGUGCACGUUUCCGGAGGAUAGCUUCGACAUGUGCAUUAAUGGCCAGUGCCGGAAGGCGGGAUGCGAUUACGUGCUGAAUUCCGACGCUAAGCUCGACCAGUGCGGCGUAUGCAAAGGGACCAACUCUACCUGCAGCUUGGUGAGCAGAAAACAUUACACCGGGAAUAAGUCAAUGGAGUUCCACAUACCGGACGGUUCCACCAACAUCAACAUCGUGCACAUGGGCUACGUGAAAGACGCAUGCUUUUUGAGUUUGAUGAGUGGAAAUGAAAUCAUCUUCAACGACCCGAUACAUCCUACGUCACACACAACCAAACAUCGAUUGUUUGCCGGAGUUCGGCUGGAGUAUACAGUGCACGGUUCGCUGGAACGCAUUACCUCUACCUACGGACGACCGCUGAAGGAAAAGCUUACGGUGCGGAUAGUACGCAAACAUAACAGCGAUAAAAUUUUCAAUAGUCAGGUGGGAUACAACUAUAUGGUGCCGAGCACUCCGAACACACAGUCCAAUGCGAUACAUUCGCAUCAUGAACAUGAGCCUUACAAGCACCCGCACCAUACGUACUAUUCACCCUACAACGGUAACAGUGUGCACCGGCUUCAGCAUACGGUAUCCGCACCCGAAACACCGUACCGGUGGGAAAUGGGUGACUGGCUGGAGUGUGACCAGCUGUGUACGGGCCAGCGGAGGCGUACGUUCGUCUGUCGAAACUCCGACACACGGCAGGAAGCAAAGCCGGAAAAUUGCAAUCAUUCCGCCAAACCGCACGAUAUGAAGGAGCCUUGCAACACCGAGUGUAAAUUCGAAUGGGAGUCGGGACCGAUCGAGUGUUCGAACGCCUGCGGCGAAGGAUACAAACAGGUGGAAUAUUUGUGCGUCAAAUCGUACCCUCUGGAGCUACGCAGAAACGAAUAUGUCGACGCGGCAAAUUGCUUGGGUAUUCCGAAACCGAUUACCAAGCGUGAUUCACAAUCGACGUGCACCGGCCCCUGCAAGAACGCAACAUGGAACUAUUCGUCAUGGAAUAAGCCAAACCAGAGCAUGAAAAACGUCAACUACCAACAGAACGCGGAAUCUGGCCCUGUUCCACGCGGACAGUGGCGCACCUACAAUUAUUCCAACUGCAGUGCGGAAUGUAAAGGCGGUGUUAAGAAGCGCUUGGUCCGCUGCAUGUACAAAAACGAACAGGUGCUGGAGGACCGUUACUGCCCCCAUCCAAAACCUCCGACCCAGAUCAAUUGUGCCAACUUUCGCUGUCCCAUCUGGACCUUUGGCCAAUGGAGCAAGUGCAACUGUAAGGGUAAGCAGCAUCGCACCGUCAAGUGCUUCGACGAAUUGCUGAACACGGAAUCGAACCGCUGUCCGGAGCACGAACGUCCGCACAAGACGAUCGCGUGCCCAAAACCGCCAGGAUGCGAUUCACGAUCUAGGCCGGCGGUCUACCGAAAUUGCAAGGAUGUUCAACAGAAGCAUCGCACCGACGGCGAAUAUGAGAUGAGUUUGAACGGAACCAUGGCUAUGAUAUAUUGUCACAAAAUGGCGACGCGAUCACCAGUCGAAUAUCUUACCCUGCCUGCUGGUCCGAGGGAAAACUAUGCCAUCUACAAUAAGCGACGAGCGGCCGAUGCAAAUAGCUGCCAGGAGUCAUCACGUGACUGGGAGGACGAAAGCAUCAACUACGGUGCGACACAUUACCGCAAGAUCCGCAUCAAUGUCAAUACGCUGCAGGUGCAUACGAACGAUUUCGAAUUUACCACCAGCUCCGGCACGAAGCAACCGUUCGGUUCGGCUGGUGACUGCUACAGCAAUACGGGCCAUUGUCCGCAAGGCGACCUAGCCAUCAACCUGACGGGCACCCCGUUUCGCAUUCGGCCCAAGACCUCGUGGGAAACUGCCGGUGUUAAGUCCGUGAUGAAUUUCCUCGUACCGCUGAAAGCUCCGUACCAAAAGGUGCGAGCGCGUUGUGGUGGCUACUGCGGAAGUUGCUCCGUUUCGCGAAAUAGCAACCUAUAUUUGGAGCCAAUCCCGCACCCCAAACGGCGGCCACAUAAGCUAGCCCGACUCAACCACAAGCAUCAGAUGCGAAACCCAUGA